GUAAAACUUCCUUGACCUAGAUUAGUAGCCGUACCAUAUAUCUAACAUAUUUAGUGUAGCCAAUUUGCAUAUAUGUCAUUAUUAUACGUGUGUGUGUGAUACUAUCGUAACUUAUUAGGCGGUUAAUUGUGGCCCGUGCCCGCUCAAGAACAGAUUCCUGGAAACGUGAGAGAAAAGUGAACUGAACGCUAGUGGGACUCAACGAAACGUUGCAAAAAUUAAUCGGCUUCCGUUUUCCUCGCUGCUGUACAAAUCUCGCGAUUAGCUUCAAGACGGCCUUAUGCAGGACCCUAAGGAGGAAAACACUACAGUAACCCAACCUAAACAAUCAACCCAGGAAGUAACAGAAACACAACAGGACCACACCCCUCCAACCAUGAACACUGGACAGGAUAACAUGAAGCAGAAUGGCAUGAAUGAGCAGGGCUACCAAGGUGGUGGGGCAGCAAUGAAUAGCUAUACUAACUAUAAGAAGACAAACUCCCCGCGCUAUAUCCAGCAGCAGCAGCAGCAGCAGCAGCCACCACAGCAGUACCAGCAACACUACGCCACACAGGGACCUGGUGGGCCUCCAGGGCAGCAGCCAACAAGACAACCCUAUCCCAAGAGAAACAUGUCUCCCGCAGGAGUGCCACCAGGUGGCGCUGGUUACCAGCAAUGGCAGCCUGCAGGGUAUCAGUACCGCGGCAGUCCACGCUUUUCCUCACCCGUCAACCCAGCCGCCUACGGUAGCUACAAUGCCCAGACUUAUGGAGCCGAGUAUGAUAGAGAUACAUAUAACCGACAGAAUAUGCCAUCAGCUAGCUCCAACUCAAGUAACCAAUCCACAGGAAGCAACUCAAUGGAAAGUUUAAGCAAAACCAACCUGUACAUACGUGGCCUCACCCCCACCACCACAGAUAAAGACCUCGUCAACCUCUGUCAGCAAUAUGGUAAGAUCACCUCCACAAAGGCAAUAAUUGACCAAGCAACAAACAAAUGUAAAGGGUAUGGUUUUGUGGACUUUGAAUCUCCCCAGGCCGCUGACAUAGCCGUGAAGGCACUGCAGGCUCAAGGUGUCCAGGCACAGAUGGCAAAGGUAGGCAAUCAACAAGAAGAAGACCCCACAAACCUCUACAUUGCUAACCUUCCCAUGUACAUGACAGAGCAGGAUCUAGAAAAUAUGUUCACCCCCUACGGAACUGUCAUUUCCACAAGGAUUCUAAGAGACCAGAGUAGUAACAGCAGGGGGGUGGGGUUCGCCAGAAUGGAAAGCAAAGAGAAAUGUGACCAGAUUAAACAGGCAUUCAAUUCAAAGAUUUUACCAGGUUGUAAAGACGCCCUCUUGGUCAAAAAUGCUGAUGGCGGAAACAAGAAGAAGACACAGUACAAACAGAACCCAGGAUGGACAGACCGCGGCGGGGAGGGAAUCGCACUGGCGUAUGAUCAGAGUGCGGCUGUUCAGAAUGGCCUUUAUCCUUAUAGCCUCGCACAGACUAUGAUUUCGCCAGGGAUGGUCCCCCGUUACACGGUCGCAACCACCGCCGCGGCGGGCAACUAUCCCGUGCAAACGGGGGGCACGUCUUGGAUGUACCACCCUCAGCACGUUAUGCAAUCCGCCAUCACGCCCGUAAGUGCUACUUUCGUGGACGACCACAGACCGGUGAUUCCCACAAGCUUACAUCCAGGUUCCACCAUGGAUCCAAAUCUUAUGCCGACCCUUGCUGCACAGAUGGGCCAAUUACAACUCUCUGGAGCUUCGUAUAUGCAGGCGGGACCCUACCACCAGAUGGCCUACCCAGCAACUGCCACCACGCCCAUUUUACAACAACAAAUACAGUACGAGGACAGUACUUCAGCCCCAGGGGCACCAGAAGAACACCAUCACUAUCAGUACACACAAACAGCUAGUGCUAAAUAAGACACCCCUUGCCCCCUCGGCAAGUCAAGAAGGGUUUUUUUUUAAUUCUGAAAAGGAAGGAUUUCGACAUUUUCUUGGGAACAGACACGCUGUUGUAAACUUAAAUAGAGGUGCAUUGCCAAUCACUAAUAUUUCAAGAGGCCAGAAAAUUUAGCCUGUUUAAGAUGGGAAGUGUCAUCGUAUUCAAGAUGGAUGUUUCUUGGGGUUUUGUGCACUUUUGUAGAAAGGAAGAGCUUUAGGACUUUCCCAGUUUCUUCUUGUUCCUCUAUAUCAGUAUUGGUUAUCCAACCACAAGAUGAUUACAAUAACUGGAAAAUAUUUGGGCUGUAAUGUAUGAAUUUGUUAUGAUCAUGGAACAAAGGUUCAUGGAUUUUUUCAUGACUAUGGAAGAAUGUGUUUUGAUUUUGAAAUGAGAUAGAAGAGUUUCUAUCAUGGAAAUUACAGAUUUGCUGAGCUUGGAAUGGUGCUUAAAAGAAAACCCUGAAUUUCAAAAUGAGCUGUGCAUUAAUAUUGCUGCUGGCUGAAAAAACUGUUCAGUAAUUGUGGUAGAUGAGACAAGCGAUUGUGACGACCAUGGAAUACUUUAUCAAACAAAACACGAACCAGAUUACUUGCUGAUUUGGUAUUAUUUAAAUAUUUCGUUUUUUUAACAGCAAUUGCCAAGAAGACUGGUCCAAAUAAACAAAAUGACGUUUUUACUUGAAAUUGCUGUUAAACCAUUUCCUUGCAUGAAGAAAAGGCAGAAAUUGUGGAGGGAAAAGGAAAGAUAUUGAAAGUGAUACCUACCUUCAAACAAUGACAGAAGUAUUUGGUAUGUCCUGAACUAUGCCUUUUGCAGAUGACUUCCUUUCAAUUUGUAUAGAAUGUUCUAUACCUUGUACAAAAUACCUAUGCUGUGUACAGAACUUUUGUGAGUUGUGUUAGUAUUGCAUGCUGUUAAUUUUUAACAUUGAUUAAUUACUUUCUUUUAAAAUUAUUAUAAAGGUAAAAAAAAAUGUUGUAAAGAUGUCAGCUGGGCAACAACAUUUAGAGAAAACUAGAAUCUUAACAAAAAUCCUUUGGGGGAAGACUGAUGUCCCAUUUUGUUGUUACUGUUUAUUUAUUUAUUUAUUUAUUUAUUUAUUUAUUUAUUUAUUUAUUUUAUUUAACCCUAGUUGCUGUCAUAGAACCUUUUCCAUUCAUGUUGUCCAGUUACUAGAUGUGUUAGUGAUUUUAGCGAUAGAUGUGCUCAAAAUGUAAAUAGAAUAAGUUGUGUACAAAGAUGUAAACUGACAAGAAAAGGCUACAUUGUUGACCACCAGUCUGAACCCUGGAUUAACUCUCCAUCAUGAGUUAUACACAAGCAAUUUACCAGUAGCAACCCUCAUGACAGAUAGCCCUAAAGAAGGUUGCUGUGUUGAAAACUGGGCGUGCCUCGGUUUAGUGACAACCAUGAUAGGGUUUAGUAAGUAGCAGUUAGCUAUGUAGGUUGGCAUGAAAUUGUUAGUAGAUAGGACUUAUGUAUAUUGGUUUCCACGCAUGGAGAAUAUAGUUGCCAAGUGCCCUAGAUUUAUUGAGACGACCUAACGAUUGGAUCUAUUGUCCAGCUUCCCAUAAUGACAUCUGAGAACGUUGGCAGUAUUUUACAGAGAAGAUGCCUAACAAGACACUUGACUCUGUCCCACUCAUGGUUUUGCAUCUCCAGGAUUUUUUUAAAGACUUGUCCUGAAUGAUGAAAGCCGCAUGGCAACUAUACCUUAGUCCCUUUAUGAAGUGUUCAUUCAUUGUAAAUAUGUUAGGAUUGACUUAAGUUUUUUCUCUGUUGAGAAGUAUUGUUGCAGGGAAAUGUUCAAGCUGUAAAUGGCAUGUCACAGAUCCUGCUGCCAUCUUGUGACUGCGCACAGACUACUUUGAUCAAGGCCAUUUUGCUUUUGUCGAAACUAUUUGACAAUUAUUUCAUUUGGCCUGAUAGUAAAACAUCUUAAGUUUGAGGAAAACACCAGGUACAUUUACUUUUUAAGCUUAAUGUAGUCACACUCUGUGGAUUCAGAAUGUUUUGUGAUAAUGUGAUUGGGUUUUUGUGUAUUUGUGCUUUAUGACAGUAUUGAGGGUUAUUUUUUUCUUUGAAAUUUACAUGGCCUCAGAUGUAAAAACAAGAAUGUGGAUAUAACCAAUCAAAAUUGAGGCAGCCAUUUGCUGCAGGAAAACAGUGCAAUAUGACAACUUCUAUCUUAUCAGUCAAUCUAUUUUGUCUGCUUAGUGAAGAAUUUAUGUAUUGGAAUGUAAAUCUUUUUACAUUGAUUCAUAUACUACUUAUACUAUACAGUCAUCUUUUGACCAUAUUUUGUCUGUCGGGUUUUAACAAAUUUUUGAAAAACAUUAAUAUAUCUAGUUAUAAUAACCUGUUAAAUAUGAUCAUCUGUUAAUGCAGUGUUGACCACUGAAAGUGAGAAUGAUUGGUUGCCAUGCCAUCCUGUAUCCGUGGUUACAUGGUUGAAUAUUUUUGUUGCUAUGGUUAUUUUUCCUUUUACGGCAACAUGUCAACAGAAGUCAUUUUUCACAUAUCUGUUAUUGUUUUUUAUAUCUUUCUUUGCACUUCUAAAACAGUUGAGAAACAGUGUAAAGGGGUGAGUUCUUGCAGGGAUAAGUUGAAAGGUUACUUUCUUGAACGGGGGCAAUCCUGUAUGGAGUUGCCAGCACCUUGAUCGGAACAAGUGCAAAACUUUUCAUGUAAGUUCCCUCUCGAAAAGUGCCAUUUUGUACAUACUUAAAUUACUCCAUUCUUUUAUUACUGGCACGCUGAAGAAGAGCCCAAAAAGCCAUAGCAAGACUAGGUAAGAGAAAACAUUGGUUCUGCUCUGUUUUCAAUGCCUUGGCACCUUUAACUGAUUCUGCAGUACAUGCUGUAACGCAGGAGACCAAUGUCACCAACGUCGCAUUACAACAGGGCGAACUGCAAGGUGCCCGGUUCGCCCAACGAGUCAGAGACGUACGUGUACUUCCAUAACUCAGCGUGUAAACAUGACUCUGCGUGUAUCUCCGUAACUAUUGUGAACUGGGCAUUAUAUUACUGCGCCUAUGGCUUCGCGUUUGACCCGUCUGGACGGCUUACGUAAUGGCCAAGAGAUCCGAAUGAUUUCUUUAAAAUGACACUUUAGAAUUAAAAAAAAAAUAGUCGGUAGCCAACAUCUUUUGUUAUAAAGGCGUCGUUUCACGGUUGUUUUUCUCAUUUAUUUGCCAAUUUUUACUCGUUAGUGAGCACCCGGUUUUGAUGCGUCGCGACGUGACAUUGGUCUUUGAGGAGAACGCAUUUGCUGUAUAUCGGAAUAAGAUGUCUAUAUGUAUAGUUGCAAUAAUGAAUACCGUUGAGGAGUGAUGAAGUUGCUAAUGUUUUGUUUGGGAAUUGAUUAAAAACGAAUAAAAAUUGUUGAA